AUGACAUGCAAGUGUGCAGUGGUUGGUGUGUCGUUCUGGGGUGCUAAAGCUGGUGUUAAGAUCAGUCCCAAGUACUAUACCAAUAAUGAAUUGGAAAAGAUCACAAGGAGGUUCACCAUAGAGCUAGCAAAGAAAGGCUUUAUUGGUUGUGGCAUUGAUGUGCCUGCUCCAGACAUGAGCACAGGUGAGCUGGAGAUGUCCUGGAUCGCUGAUGCCUAUGCCAGCACCAUAGGGCACUACGAUAUUAAUGCACACGCCUGUGUUAUUGGUAAACCCAUCAGCCAAGGGGGAAUCCAUGGACGCAUCUCUGCUACUGGCCAUGGUGUCUUCCAUGGGAUUGAAAAUUUCAUCAAUGAAGCUUCUUACAUGAGCAUUUUAGGAAUGACAUCAGGGUUUGGAGGUAAAACAUUUUUCGUUCAGGGAUUUGGUAAUGCGGGCCUCCACUCUAUGAGAUAUUUACAUCGUUUUGGUGCUAAAUGUAUUGCUGUUGGUAAGUCUGAUGGGAGUAUAUGGAAUCCAGAUGGUAUUGACCCAAAGGAAUUGGAAGACUUCAAAUUGCAACAUGGGUCCAUUGUGGGCUUCCCCAAGGUAAAGCCCUAUGAAGGAAGCAUCUUGGAGCCCUACUGUGACAUACUGAUCCCAGCUGCCAGUGAGAAGCAGUUGAGCAAAUCCAAUGAAUCCAGAGUCAAAGCCAAGAUCAUUGCUGAAGGUGACAAUGGGCCAACAACCCCAGAAGCUGACAAGAUCUUCCUGGAGAGAAACAUUAUGGUUAUUCCAGAUCUCUACAUGAAUGCUGGAGGAGUGACAGUAUCUUACUUUGAGUGGCUGAAGAAUCUAAAGCAUGUCAGCUAUGGCCGUUUGACCUUCAAAUAUGAAAGGAAUUCUAACUACCACUUGUUCAUGUCUGUUGAAGAGACUUUAGAAAGAAAAUGUGGAAAGCAUGGUGGAACUAUUCCCAUUGUACCCACGGCAGAGUUCCAAGACAGGAUAUCGGGUGCAUCUGAGAAAGACAUCAUGCACUCCGGCUUGGUGUGCACAAUGGAGCAUUCUGCCAGGCAAAUCAUGCACACAGCCAGGAAGUAUAAACUGGGAUGGACCUGAGAGCAGCUGCCUAUGUCAAUACCAUUGAGAAAGUCUUCAAAGUGUACAAUGAAGCUGGUGCGACCUUCACAUACAUGGAUUAUGGCUGACUUCCUCACUAUCCUCUUCACGCGUAAGUUCUGCAGACCUAUCACAAGUUUACAUGUAACCACAGAAAUCCCUUUCUCUCCUGACUCAUUAAUAACAGAUACCAUUCUGAACAAAUCAAUCCAAAUCAGCCCAUUAAGGAGAAAGAAAUUAAGACUAGGGGAUCAUGUACAAGCUGAGUGUGAAAGUAGAAAUCACCUACACAGAAAGCUGUUUUGGUAUUUUGCCUUUAAAUAAAAAGCCUCCUGCAUCUGGCUGUGCAGCCUUGCUCUGUGGCUUUUCCCAACACAAUCAGUGCUACUGCUGGGGAAGGGACAGUCAAGAGCAGUCAGUUGCUUACUUAUUUUGCUCUGGAUGAGUCUGGGACAUGCUGUAACUUUAACACAUUUAAGAAGUAGAUGUGUGACCUUUUCAGAAGGUGGCAUGGUCCUCAAGUGAGUUCUUAGUAUUUUAUA